AUGAGGCUAGCGCCCGGCGAAAGGCGAGAACACUCCCUCAGGAGACCUACGGAUCACAAAGUAUCAAACCUUCGAUGGACGGUCAUAUUUCCGGAAGAUGUCGAACAUGUCUAUACUCUCUAUCUGGGAGUUCAAUCUCACGGGAGUGACCAGAAAGCAGCCCACAAAGCAGAAGAAUCGAUUGAACAGUUGUUGAAGCAACCAGUGAAUGCGCCAGCCUCCGUGGAAGUGUUUCGUGUGAUUCUGGGGAACGACCUGCCAGCAUCGACAGUCUGGGUGGCCCAUUGGACUUUAGAGCAAGACUUCUCGGCCAAGUUGAAACAGCUCGACCUCCAGCAAAUCUGGCAAGCAUCAGGUUCUGGCAGAAACCUCAUCGGCAUAUGGCGCGAAUCGUUUGAGACGCCGCUGGAGAGACUGCAAACCAAUUACUCCCGACAGGAGUACAGUCCCGGGUUGGCUAGGCUACCCAAUGUUACCACCCAAGCGCAUGACUACACCGAGUACUGGGGAGCCGGCAGAGAUCGGUUGGCAGCCUUCUCUCAUGAUCUCUUUGAGUUGCCGGCACCACCGAGCGUACUAGUACCUCAGACAUGCCCUCGAGGAUUCGGACAGCGUCUCGUGGGACAGAACUACAACAAUAUGUGUCACAUUCGCUCGGGACAAUACUGGGGCCUCUGCGGGCCCGAGGAAACUGAGGCGUACGAGAAUGGUCUGCAGCAGAAGCUCGUGCGAGGUAUGAAGUACCUGUGGGAAAACCCGGAGGAGACAGGCACAAUCGGGCUGAGGUUCGCCAGAAGUCUAGAUACUAGUACGGACAGGCACCCGUUGAGGGAAACCUCCGCAAUGGGGUUUCAUCGGAAUUGGGCUGACCUCGAGAAAUGGGCCGCUCGACAUCCGUCGCAUUUGGCAAUCUUCAGUGGCGCCAUGGAACACAAUAAGAAGUUUGGCGACGCGAGGAGAUUCAUGACAUGGCAGGAGGUUUCUAUCCUCAAGGCGGGUGAGGCAAGUUUCGAAUACGUCAAUUGCGAUCCCAGGACAGGAGUCAUCAAGUGGGUGGAAUUGAGCAGUGAGUCUCUGGCCUCUGCGCGAGGCAGUAGACUAUAG